AUGCCGACAUCAAUUAGUUCUAAAACAAAUCUGCUCAGGGUUGGAAGCUAUCGAAGAAAACAGAUAUCUCCUCAUAUCCUUAUUUUAUCUACCAUAAUGAUUCUGCAGACGACUUUUGCUCUGCUGUUUGCGGUUUAUACCCUCGCUGAAGAACAGGUUGUGGUUCAUACUGCGGCGGGAAAAGUGGGUGGUCAUUGGAAUACUUCCAGAGGAGGUCGAAAAUUUUUGUCGUUUUUAAAAAUACCUUAUGCUUUACCACCCGUCGGGAAUCUCAGGUUCAAGCCUCCAGUUGAAAUGAAAAGUUGGAGCAACAUAAGAAAUGCAACAGACCCAGGUCCUUGGUGUCUUCAGUACAAUACCUAUGAAAUAAACCCGAAAGUUCUUGGGGAAGAAAAUUGUCUUUACCUCUCGGUAUACACUCAUAGUAUAACCAGCAAGAAUGCUGUGAUCAUACACUUCCAUGGCGGAGGAUUCUUCAGCGGUACCGGACCAAGGAGGUCUCAGCCUAAUUACAUGAUGGACGAAGAUGUUGUGAUUGUGGAUCUCAAUUAUAGGUUAGGGUUUCUAGGUUUCUUAAGCUUUGAAGACAAAGAGAUGCCAGGUAAUCAAGGACUUAAAGAUCAAGUGAUGGCAAUGAAAUGGGUUCAGAAGAACAUUGCUAAGUUUGGAGGUGACCCGAACAAAGUGACUAUAGUUGGUGAGAGUGCUGGAGCAGGGAGUGUCUACCAUCAUACCGUAUCUUCGAUGAGCCAAGGACUGUUCCAUCGCGGAAUAGCAGAAAGUGGUACUAGUUACGACCCUUGGGGUAUAGCUCCUCCAGGUCAUUCGAAGGCUAUAGCAAAGAGGUUAGCCAAGAAUCUUGGAUGCCCUGCUAUGACUACAAAUGAAGCUGUGUCCUGUCUCGUAAAGAAGAAUGGAGCAGAUAUAGUUUCCGGUCUUGAGGCUUUCAAGGCUUGGCAAAUAGACACAGGCAUCAUAUGGCCAUGCUUGGAGCCUCCAGGCCCAGAUGCCUUUUUGGUUGGACCGGUGAGCAAUUGGCAACAUAAUCCUGUGCCCCUGAUACUGGGGACAACCUCAGGGGAAGGACUUCUCAGAACUGGAUAUUUCAACUACUAUAAACUCGACUUCAAGUGGUUCACUGACAACUUUGAGAAGUUGGGACCUCUGUCCUUGAAAUACUCUGAAAUAGCUUCUAAUCCAAAAAAAGUAACCAAAAAGCUCCGAGAUUACUACUUCUCUGGUGGAGAAAUCACGUCAGAUAGUUGGUUUAAUUUAACACAGUUGUACACAGACAGUUGGUUUGCAAUCGGGAUCAUAGAUGGUGCCAACUAUCACGAAGGUGAUGUUUACUUCUAUUACUAUGAUUACGUAGGAGAAAACACAUGGUGGAAAAGUACCAAUCGCACACUGUUUUUUGGCGCUCCCCACACUGAAGAAAUAAAUUUCAUAUGGAAAAACCCUUUUCUCAAUUGGACCCAUGAAGGAGAUGAUUUACAGUUCUCAAGAAGGCUUGUUAAGAUUUGGACUGAUUUCGCCAAGUUUGGGAAUCCGGCUCCAAGGGGAAGUGAUCUGUCCUGGUCAAAAUGGAAUCCUAGUAAGCAUAACUACUUAGAGAUGAGCAAUUCAGGCUUCGAACAAAAAGAAGGAUUUGCUAAAGAUAGAUAUAAGUUUUGGAAGAGCAUUAAUUACAGAGAUAACAUAAAAUGA